CCUCCUAGAACGGUGAACGGGAUCCCGUAAGGGUCAUUCCAAGUAGGAGGGCGGAUUUUCCGCGGGACGUGCUUCCUUGGGGUGCGUGGGCCCACGAGGGAUGGCAGCCCCGUCCAUGAAGGAAAGACAGGCGUGCUGGGGAGCCCGGGACGAGUACUGGAAGUGUUUGGACGAGAAGGCAGAGGACGCGUCCCAGUGCGAGCAGCUGAGAAGCGCGUUCGAAUCUAGGUGUCCCCAGCAGUGGAUAAAAUAUUUUGAUAAAAGAAGAGACUACUUAAAGUUCAAAGAAAAAUUUGAAGCAGGACAGUUCCAGCCUUCGAAAACGACGGCACAGUCCUAGGCUGCUCCUGAACUUUCCAUAAGGUUUGACGUUAUUCUGUCUGAACUUGCAAAAUGCUCCCCUAUAGGACAGUAAUGGUUUGGAUCAUGUAAACAGCAUGA